GGGUCUUCGGGGCGGGGAUAGAUGUUUUUGUUCUUCCGGUAGUCUGCGUCAUUAGAAAUGGCUUCUCUUGACAGAGUAAAAGUGUUAGUUUUAGGAGAUUCUGGGGUCGGCAAAUCCUCCUUAGUCCAUCUAAUAUGUCAGAAUCAAGUUUUAGGAAAUCCAUCUUGGACUGUUGGCUGCUCUGUGGAUGUACGGGUGCAAGAUUACAAAGAAGGGACCCCUGAGGAGAAAACCUUCUACAUUGAGCUUUGGGAUGUUGGAGGGUCAGUAGGCAGUGCCAGCAGUAUCAAAAGCACCAGAGCAGUCUUCUACAAUUCAGUAAAUGGAAUCAUAUUGGUACACGAUUUAACAAAUAAGAAGUCCUCCCAAAAUCUCUACCGCUGGUCAAUGGAAGCUUUGAAUAAGGAUUCCUCUCCAACGGGAGUCAUUGUGUCAAACGGUGACUAUGAUAGAGAACAGUUUGUGGAGAGCACGGUGCCUUUGCUGCUGAUCGGAACAAAGUUUGACCAGAUCCCAGAAAACAAGCGCAGUGACGUUCUCACGAGGACGGCCUUCCUCUCUGAGGAUUUUAAUGCGGAGGAGAUAAAUCUUGACUGCACAAACCCCAGAUACUUUGCUGCAGGCACAUCCAACGCUGUGAAGCUUAGUCGAUUCUUUGAUAAGGUAAUAGAGAAGAGAUAUUUCACCAGAGAUUCAGGUCAGAUUCCAGGCUUUACAGACAGAAAAAGGUUCAACUUCAAAAGUUUGCACUAUGACUGAGUUUUGGUGGGUUUCUUUGAGAGGGGGAAUUUCUUUUUUUUUUCUUUUUUUUUUUUUCCAUCAUCACAACUCUGUGGGUUGUCAUGCUGGAGAUCAACCAACAAAAACAACCCCACCAACACGUUUUCCUGCAUGAUAUUGUAUUUGAUUGGUCUAAAUGUAAAAUAACACAUUUUAUGUAAAUAGUAAAUAAAUCUUUCAGAAAU